UUUACUGACCUAUUUCUUCUUGCUAUGUGGGAGUGGUAAUUAUUCGCAUGAAAUGACAGCAACAUAUCUACACCAAACGAAGACUGGUCACGUGACUGCGCUUGAUGGUACCUCUAUUGGAGAUACUAUCGUCCUCAUUGCAGGGCUAUCGACUGGAUCUUUAAUACAGAUAACCAUGAAAAGUCUAAAAUCUACAAUGGAGGUGUUAGGCACGACGACAGGAAUAAACACACCAAUAGUUAAUGUUCAUAUACAAGACGAAGAUACCCUCUAUGUUUUGGGCUCUCAACAUGUUUACGUGUAUUUGUAUUCACAGUCCAAUUGCUCGGAGUUCAAGUCUCUUGCUGAAACAAUGGCAGGUCGGAACCCUUUUUGUGGCUGGUGUGUCUUCAAACAAAGGUACUACAUAGAAAAAUAAUGUCCAAU